AUGAUGCGAAAUGAGCGUCGGAAACUGCUCGAUAGAUGUCUACUGGUACUAAGCCGAGAAAUGGAAAUUGAUGAUGUUCUCCAUUAUCUUCAAUGCAAGGAGGUGUUCACCGAUGCAGUUGUAGAGAAGAUCCAGGCCGCCGGAGGGGCGAGUGCUCAAAGAGCUGCAAUUGUUCGUGCUGUGAAGACCAGAGGUGAUAGGGCAUUCGAGGCACUUUUCCGGGCGUUGCUUCAUGCACGACAACCACAUUUGGCUGAUCUGUUGCGACCUCUGGUAGAUGAAGCCGUACUCCAGACCUUGUGA